UUGGCACGCGUCUCCCGGCGCGGGGUUCCUCUCACGCAGCCACCCUUUCAAAAGAUGCCGAAGGGGCGGCGCGGCAGCCAGAACCCCAAGAUGAGCCAGCGGCCGGCUCCGCCCCUCUACUUCCCGUCACUCUAUGACCGGGGCAUCUCGUCGUCUCCGCUGAGCGACUUUAACAUCUGGAAGAAGCUCUUUGUGCCACUGAAGGCGGGCGGGGCGCCGGCGGCCGGGGUGGCGGGGAUAGCGGGGGUCCGACCCCUGCCUCUGGCGCCCCCAGCCACGGUGCCGCCGCCUCCUGGCCUGGGUCCCCCCAGCGAGCGUCCGUGCCCUCCUCCUUGGCCGUCCGGCCUGGCCUCUAUACCCUAUGAGCCUCUGCGCUUCUUCUACUCGCCGCCGCCAGGGCCCGAGACGGCAACUUCAGCCCUAGUACCCGGCUCCACGACCUCCUGGCUCGCCACCGCCUCCCACCCCGAGGAGCUGUGCGAGCUAGAGAUCCGGAUUAAGGAGCUGGAGCUGCUCACCAUCACUGGAGACGGCUUCGACUCCCAGCGCUAUAAAUUCCUGAAGGCGCUGAAAGAUGAAAAAUUACAAGGACUGAAGAAGACCAGGCAACCUGGAAAGUCGGCCCCUGUCUCCUGAGGAGCUGCCCUCCAGAGCUGGGCAGCCACCUCCUUAGGUGUUAGUGCUUAGAUAAUGUGUCCUGUUUGUUGUCAUUUCGAAGAUGGUUAUUUUCUGUUCUGUCUUUACUACUGUUAUUGUUGCUCCUGGAACAUACGUCACAUAC